UUUAUUGUAGCCCCAGCCUGCAUGUCGCACUACUCCCCGAAUAAUGCUCGUCCCAAAGUCUCCAACGCUGGUGGAGGCGGCGGCGCUGGGGGCAUGUCGGCGGACGAUUUGGAGCAAGAAGCCGCUGAACGCAACUUGAUCCGACGCUGCGUCGACUACCACGGCCCCGCCAUUUUGGAUUUGCAGAACCGUCUCUACCGUAAAGCCUGUCGGAGUCACCACACUCGACACUCGGCGCUGUACUUGCAGCCACACUCGUCGUAUAUGCGACUUAUGGGUAUGCCGCUGGCCUCCGUGGCGGCGCCCAUUCCCUCCGAGUGCUACCUCACGUACAUGGCUCACGUGACGAGGGCCAAAAACUCGACGCCAGUCAUGUGCCUCAGUUGGACUCCGGGAGGUCGAAGGCUAUUGACAGGAAAUCAAGAAGGGGAGUUCACUCUCUGGGACGGCAUCACCUUCAGCUUUGAACUUAUCAUGAGCGCACACGACGCUUCCUUCCGAAGCAUGGCCUGGUCACACAACCGGAACUACCUGCUCACCUCGGACGCCAGCGGCAACAUCAAAUACUGGAGUCCUAGCAUCGCUCCCGUACAGUCCAUCGACAGUCACAACAAGCAACCCAUUCACGGCCUUUCCAUUUCUCCCUCGGACACGAAAUUUGUGAGCUGUGGUGACGACGCCGCCGUGCGCGUAUGGGACUGGGCCUCACACAGCGAAGAGCGGACUCUGGAGGGGCAUGGAUGGGACGUCAAAACGGUUGCUUGGCAUCCACGGUCCUCGGUCAUUGCCUCUGGAUCCAAGGACAAUCUCGUCAAAUUGUGGGACCCUCGGGCGGGUAGCUGCCUGAGUACGCUCUACGGACACAAAAAUACCGUCACCAAAGUGGCCUGGAACGACAACGGCAACUGGCUGUUGACGGCAUCACGCGAUCAAUUAAUCAAACUAUACGACAUUCGCGCCAUGAAGGAAUUGGUCUCGCUCAAAGGACACCACAAGGAAGUUACCAGUCUCGCUUGGCACCCGUUGCAGGAAACGGUGUUUGCGUCUGGCGGAAUGGACGGUACGCUGAUUUAUUGGAACGUGGGUGCCAAGGGAUCGGAGGAACCCGCCGCCAAAAUCCCGUACGCCCACGACAUGGCUAUUUGGGAUCUGCAGUGGCAUCCAGCCGGCCACAUGCUGGCAACGGGUAGCAACGACCGGCAAACCAAGUUCUGGGCCCGCAACCGG